CCUUACCGUUGGUAUAAUGCAAUUUAUAUUAAUAAUUUACUAACAAUCUUUUAUUAAAAACUACAUUCAAAUCAUCAAUUCCUAAUAUUGUGUAAUCCAAACAUGGCAUUAUUUUUAUUUAUUUCCAGCAUGAAUAGCACGGGCCUUCCAUUUCCCUCCCAAAACCAUUCCUUGCACCUUCGUCGAAUACAUUUUUUUUCCAAGAUGUUUAGAGCUUUCUCCCUCUUCUCUCGCAGCGGCAAACCCUCAACAAUCCCUUUCAAAGAUUACUACGCCAAUUGGUUCACCACUCUCAAGAACUCCCUCCUCCCACUCCUCCACCAAUCCCUCUCCUCUCCCACAUCUCCGGCUCUCCUCUCCUCCCACCUCAACCUCCUCCUCCACCACUUCCUCUCCUACUACGACUCCCUCGACCUCGCCGUUACCAACGACUUCAACAAUCUCCCUUACCUUCUUUACCCUUCAUGGAGGAACUCCCUCGAAAAGCCCUUCCUCUUUCUCGGCGAUCUCCACCCCUAUAUCUUCACCAACCUCCUCCGCUCAUUCCUCGAUAAAGAAAACAACUAUGAUGAUGAUUUUGAAAAUAGGGUAAGAAGCGUUGUUCUUGAUAGCCCCUGGCAGGCUACGAUGUCGUGGAAGGACCCUUCAGAGAGUUUGAUAAUCAAGAUUGAGCAGAUUGAGCGCGGGUUGAGGUUGAUGGUGCCUGAUCUUGUGGAUAGGAUGAAAAGGGCACAGGUAGGAUUUGUGAGGAGAGUUGCAGAGGAUUGGGUAAGUUAUAAGGGAAAGAAAGAAAAGAUAGAGGUUGGCGAGUUAAUGAAGGUAGAAAUGGAGGAAUUGGUAAGUGUUUUUAUGGAUGCUAAUCGGUUGAGGAGGAGUAUAAUAUCAGAGAUUGUUGGUGCAUUGAGCAUAUAUCAGGGAGCUCUGUUUCUUGAAGCUUUGGCCCAGUUUCUUAUUGGGUUUAAGGACCCUGUUUUUCUUCGUGAAUUCGAAAGGUGCAAGACUCCCAUCAAUGAGGAAGUUCGUAGCAAUGGUUUUUGAGUCGAUUUACCAUCAUUCUUUAGAUUCUUUUGUCAGGAAUUUUGCAGUAUUGCUGAAUGGCUGCUAAUUCCAGUUUCUUAGUUUGUUAUUGGUUCUGCUGGAACCGUACAUUUAGCUAGAGGAUCUUGUUGGCACGAGGACAUUGAUCCUUGGCAAUUAAAGAAGAGGAACAAUUCAGCAAAUUUGGGUUAAAGCUGCAGGAAAUAUGAAUACUAAUGUGUUAAAUUUCUGUGUCAUGGGUAGCAUUAGAACUUGAGUUUUUUGAUCGGAUUAGAAAAAGCUGUACAACUUGAUAUUUAGUGAAUGCUAAAUGAUCUUGGUUACUUGUAAAAUAUAGUUAAGUGGCUUCAAGCCUUGAACAACAAAAUCUCUGAUAGUUGCUGUUGAGAUGUCGUUUAGGCAUUAAAGUUAGGCUUGGGUCCGGCUCUUUUGGUACAAUCACAAGAUUAGAUUAGAAAUUCUGCAUGGCACCCAGGUGUGUACACUCAAACUAUAUUAAAAUUAUGUUAGGUUUCAAUUAUAUUGGUGACUUACUAUUAUUAUUAGAUAUCAUGAAAUUCCUUUUCACGUAAAGUCCAAUAGUCCAUAACCCCAUCCAUCAAAAGGGUUUUUGUAGUUUUGUAUUAGCCCACACAUUCACCUUUUAGUUGCUUCUGGGCCUUUUGGCUGGAUUAAAAGCUAUAUACAAGUAAUUGGAAGGCUAUUGUAGUGUGUUCAGUAAGCAAGCUAACAUGA